AUGGUCGUCAGGGUCCAGUAUCAACCACCCAACUCUCCCUCCCCUCCUCAUCCGCGCAUCCCAAGCUCGUUCAUGCGCAGCACCCAACUCUCCCUCCCCUCCUCAUCCGCGCAUCCCAAGCUCGUUCAUGCGCAGCACCCAACUCUCUCCAUCCCCUACUCACCCGCGCAUCCCAAGCUCGUUCAUGCGCAGCACCCAACUCUCCCAUCCCCUACUCACCCGCGCAUCCCCCUCUCGUUCAUGCGCAGCACCCAACUCUCCCUCCCCUCCUCAUCCGCGCAUCCCAAGCUCGUUCAUGCGCAGCACCCAACUCUCCCAUCCCCUACUCACCCGCGCAUCCCAAGCUCGUUCAUGCGCAGCACCCAACUCUCCCAUCCCCUACUCACCCGCGCAUCCCCCUCUCGUUCAUGCGCAGCACCCAACUCUCCCUCCCCUCCUCAUCCGCGCAUCCCAAGCUCGUUCAUGCGCAGCACCCAACUCUCUCCAUCCCCUACUCACCCGCGCAUCCCAAGCUCGUUCAUGCGCAGCACCCAACUCUCCCAUCCCCUACUCACCCGCGCAUCCCAAGCUCGUUCAUGCGCAGCACCCAACUCUCCCAUCCCCUACUCACCCGCGCAUCCCAAGCUCGUUCAUGCGCAGCACCCAACUCUCCCAUCCCCUACUCACCCGCGCAUCCCAAGCUUGUUCAUGCGCAGCACCCAACUCUCCCUCCCCUCCUCAUCAGCGCAUCCCAAGCUCGUUCAUGCGCAGCACCCAACUCUCCCAUCCCCUACUCAUCCGCGCAUCCCAUGCGCCUCCAUGCGCAGCUCCCAACUCUCCCUCCCCUACUCAUCCGCGCAUCCCAUGCCUGUGCAUGCGCAGCUCCCAACUCUCCCUCCCCUUCUCAUCCGCGCAUCCCAUGCCUGUCCAUGCGCAGCUCCCAACUGUCCCUCCCCUACUCAUCCUCGCAUCCAAUGCCUGUCCAUGCGCAGCUCCCACCACUCCCUCCCCUACUCAUCCGCGCAUCCCAUGCCUGUGCAUGCGCAGCUCCCAACUCUCCCUCCCCUUCUCAUCCGCGCAUCCCAUGCCUGUCCAUGCGCGGCCUAUCCCACACCACACUCCUCCACUCAUCCGCUAGAUGCACGGCGUGCAUACACAUACAUCGAUGGCGUUUAA